CCGACGAGAGAGUCCGCGGAAAGGAGUGGCCGAGGCUCGCCGGGGAAGACGACGACGACACGAGGCCGCCAGAUCAUCGCCCCGAGCGCGGAACUAUCUCCGUCCCUUUCACCAACCGGCCGGACGGGAUGCACGGCGCGGGAAAGGGGGGACUCCCCUCCGUCCCUCGCCAACGUCGGCUCGUCGGCCCGCAACCCGACGAGCGAGAGCCGGAGCCGUCGCCGUCGCCCUCCGCGUCCGCACCCGACACGGUGCGCCGAACGUGGCGCCCCACUUGUGGCGCUCCCUCGCUCGCCGCUGCCUACUUAGCCACCAGCUCCGCGCCGCUGAAGGGCUGAAUCGAAGCGGCAGUGAUGAUGAGGCCCAGACCCUUCGGUUCCGGUGUGGCGUCGGCGGCCGCGGCCGAGGUUUCGGUGGGCGCGGGAUGCCGCGGCGGCUGGGCGUGGAGGCCCAGGCCGAGGGCGCGGCCGGGGCAGCGCGUGAGGGUCAGGGGGGAGCCUGCCCCCCACGCGGCCGCGGCGGCGAGCGCCGUGCACGCGGAGCCCCACCACGGCGAGCGGUUCCGCCCGUUCGGGCUGCCCCGCGCGGGAUUCGGGUCGGACCUGGAGGCGGGCAUCGAGAAGGUCAUCUACGCCUGCCGCUUCAUGGCCUUCCUCGGCAUCGCCGGAUCUCUCGCCGGAUCUGUCCUCUGCUUCCUCAAGGGCUGCACUUUUGUGAUGGACGCCUUCGUGGAAUACUACUUGCGCGGUGAUGCGAAGGUCGUGCUCAUGCUGAUUGAAGCCAUUGAUAUGUAUCUCAUCGGCACGGUCAUGUUUGUCUUUGGGACGGGCCUGUACGAGCUGUUCAUCAGUAACAUGGACAUCGCAAAACAGUCCCAUGACCGCUCCAGCCUCUUUGGCUUGUUCAAGCUUCCGGAACGGCCCAAGUGGCUGGAAAUCCGCUCGGUGAGCGACCUCAAGACAAAGCUGGGUCAUGUAAUCGUCCUGGUUCUGCUGGUUGGCAUCUCCGAGAAGAGCAAGAGGGUGACUAUCACGUCGUGUACUGACCUCUUCUGCUUCGCUGGAUCUAUCUUCCUCUCUUCAGGUUGCCUCUACCUACUAUCCAAGCUCGGUAGCACCAAAGGAGGGAGUCAUGCCUGAAACAGAAAAUCUUCUUCAUAAGAGAUAGAUCUGUUGUGUGUCCUUUCGGCACUUCAGGUUGUGUAUGCCUCAUGUACUGCUUGUAUGGAUUGACAUUAGGCACUAUAUAGUGGUAUAUAUAGUGAUGUACAUCGUCUGAUAUUGUAACUUGCUGCUAGAUGGUGUCCAUGAUCAAUUACAGAUAUGUUGUGCCAUGAA